AUGAAAGCUGUGGCGCUGUUUAUGUGUUUGCUGGGCUCCUCACUAGCUGCCCCUGCCCUUGACAGCGGCAGCAAUGAGCAGGCAAUUAAUAGUCAUGCUAACACAGCCCUGCAGUUGAUGGAAUUCUACAGAAUAUUAGGACAGCUACGGCAACAGGGUUUUGGUGUUGUUCCUACUGGUGCUCAGCUACCUGCAGUACCUGUGGCACCCGCGGCACCCGCAGCACCCGCGCCUGUUGAUACCCAGCCUCAGGUUUCACCUCAAGCACCACAACAGGGCUUUUUUUUCAACCCCGCUCUUUUUGCACCCAGAGGAGAUGGGUCAGAUGAGGAAGGAGCACCACAGUUUCGUGGGUUUUACCCUCCCUACGGCUACCAGCCUGGCCAGCCGGCUGCUCCAUUGAACUCAGAUGAGGCCGAAGGGGCAGAAGAAGCAGAGGCGGAGGAGGGUACUGAGGGUACCGAACCUGAACCUACUGGAACCGCUUCACCUGUCGAUGCAGCUGCAGUAAACGAAAUCCUACCCGUUGAUGUCGCUGUGGAUGUUCCCGUCGAACCUUCUCCUGAAGUCAUCACUGCUGCUGCUGCCGUUGAUCCGGCCCUCAUCCCCGAGGCACCGGCAGCUGCCGUGGAAAUUGACACCACUUUGGUGGGGCCUGAUGUUGCUGCAGGUGCUGAACAGGUGUUGGUGGCUGAAGCUCCUGAUGCUGCCCUGCCAGUGCAGUGAGAGAGUUGAUCACAAGCCCCGCCCCCAAGAUCCUAACCAAUCAGUGACAUCGCUGACAUUAAGACCGUGUGGUCUGAACAUUGCUGGAGCAAA